CGAACGGGGGUUUCCACACGUUCAGUUUUCUUUUUCCAGUCAGCUAAACAACUCGGGCCACCAUGGGUAUGGCAUUCUCGCGCGUGUUUGAACGCCUCUUUGGCAAGAAGGAGAUGCGUAUCCUUAUGGUGGGUCUCGAUGCCGCCGGUAAGACCACCAUCCUGUACAAACUCAAGUUGGGCGAAGUCGUGACCACGAUCCCCACCAUCGGGUUCAACGUCGAGACGGUCGAGUACAAGAACAUCAGCUUCACAGUGUGGGACGUCGGUGGACAAGACAAGAUCCGCCCGUUGUGGCGCCACUACUACCAAAACACACAAGGCCUGAUCUUCGUGGUCGACUCCAACGACAGAGAUCGCGUGGACGCUGCCCGUGACGAACUGCACCGCAUGUUGAACGAAGACGAGCUCCGAGACUCGAUCCUGCUCGUGUUUGCCAACAAGCAAGAUUUGCCGAACGCCAUGAGCGCCGCGGAAAUGACCGACAAGUUGGGCUUGCAUGGCCUCCGCCACCGCCAAUGGUUCAUCCAAGCGUGUUGUGCCACCACUGGCGACGGAUUGUACGAAGGCUUGGACUGGCUGUCGGCUACCCUCCAAAAGCGGAAGUAAAUGUAGUGCGGCACUUUUCUGUGCUGAAGCAGUGAGCCCCCGACCGGCGCGCGUGUGCUGCGGUGGCCCUGCUUCCCAGCUUAGUUUUGCAUUCACUUAUAUUUUAAGUUUGCAUGCAAUGUGGACGAUUAUCUAAUAUACCGCUUCAUGCUGCUUGUAAUUCACGAGUUUCCGUCAUCC